UUUCCUCAGCUGGGAUUGGAAAGUACUAGGACAUUAAGUUUUUCAUCUCUGUGUGUUGCCUCCUUUCUGAAGAAUGAUGGGGCUGCUGUUACAUGGAAGAGGACUCAUCCUGAGUCUAAUUUUCCUCCUGUUUAAGUUGUCAAGAGCUGAAAUACCACUUUCAGUUCAACAGGUUCCAACGAUCAUAAAGCAGUCAUAUGUGCAAGUUGCCUUUCCCUUUGAUGAGUAUUUUCAAAUUGAAUGUGAAGCUAAAGGAAACCCAGAACCAAAAUUUUCAUGGACCAAGGAUGGCAAACAUUUUGAUCUUUCUGACCCCAGGAUAAUUGUAUCUAACAAUUCAGGCACAUUCAAGAUCCCAAAUGAGGGGCACAUCUCUCACUUUCAAGGGAAAUACCGCUGUUUUGCAUCUAAUAGACUAGGAACUGCAAUAUCAGAAGAAAUAGAGUUCAUAGUUCCAGGUGUUCCAAAAUUCCCAAAAGAAAAAAUUGAACCCUUGGAUGUGGAAGAAGGGGAUUCCAUUGUCCUGCCCUGCAACCCUCCCAAAGGCCUCCCACCUUUGCAUAUCUAUUGGAUGAAUAUUGAAUUAGAACACAUUGAACAAGAUGAAAGAGUAUACAUGAGCCAAAAGGGAGAUCUGUACUUUGCAAAUGUGGAAGAAAAAGACAGUCGAAAUGAUUACUGUUGCUUUGCUGCAUUUCCAAAAUUAAGGACAAUUGUACAAAAAAUGCCAAUGAAACUAACUGUGAACAGUUUAAAGCAUGCUAAUGAUUCAAGUUCAUCCACAGAAAUUAGUUCCAAGGCAAAUUCAAUCAAGCAAAGGAAACCCAAACUUCUGUUGCCUCCCGCUGAGAGUGGUAGUGCAUCCACAAUGACUGUCCUCAAAGGGGAAACCCUGUUACUUGAAUGUUUUGCUGAAGGCCUACCAACUCCACAGGUCGAGUGGAGCAAACUGGGUAGUGAAUUACCAAAGGGAAGAGAAACAAAAGAAAAUUAUGGAAAGACAUUGAAGAUAGAAAACAUCUCCUACCAUGACAAAGGAAAUUAUCGCUGUACAGCUAACAAUUUGUUGGGAAAAGCCAGUCAUGAUUUUCAUAUCAUAGUACAAGAGCCUCCACACUGGAAAAAGAAACCUCAGAGUGCAGUGUACAGCACGGGGAGCAAUGGCAUCUUGUUGUGUGAAGCGGAAGGAGAACCUCAACCCACAAUCAAAUGGAGAGUCAAUGGCUUCCCAAUUGAAAAUCAUCCAUUUCCUGGUGACGUUAUGUUCCCCAGGGAAAUCAGUUUUACAAAUCUACAACCAAACCAUACUGCUGUAUAUCAAUGUGAAGCCUCAAAUAUCCAUGGGACCAUCCUUGCCAGUGCCAAUAUUGACGUUGUAGAUGUUGUCCCACUGAUACAAACGAAGAACGAAGAAAAUUAUGCAACGGUAGUUGGGUAUAGUGCCUUCUUACACUGCGAGUACUUUGCUUCACCCAAGGCCACUGUAAUCUGGGAAGUGGCUGAUGAAGCACAUCCCCUUGAAGGCCAUCGGUACCACACCCAUGAAAACGGCACACUGGAGAUCUACAGAACUACUGAGGAAGAUGCGGGAUCAUACUCUUGUUGGGUAGACAACGCAAUGGGAAAAGCCGUCAUCACAGCCAACUUGGAUAUUAGAAACGCUACAAAGCUCAAAAUUUCUCCAAAGAAUCCUCGAAUCCCCAAAUCACACGUGCUUGAACUACACUGUGAAAGCCAAUGUGACUCACAUUUGAAACACAGUUUGAAGUUGUCCUGGAGUAAAGAUGGAGAAGUUUUUGAAAUGAAUGGCACAGAAGAUGGCAGAAUAGUGAUUGAUGGAGCUAAUCUGACCAUAUCUAACAUCUCAGUAGAAGAUCAGGGUAUUUAUUCCUGUUCUGCUCAAACUGCUCUUGAUAGCAUUUCUGAGAAAACUCAAGUAACCGUCCUUGGUGUUCCAGAUCCUCCAGGAAACCUUCUCUUGUCAGAAAGACAAAACAGGAGUGUCCGGCUGUCCUGGGAAGCUGGAGAUGACCACAACAGCAAUAUCAGCGAGUACAUUAUAGAAUUUGAAGGGAACAGAGAGGAACCUGGAAAGUGGCAGGAGCUAACUAGAGUCCAAGGAGUAGAAACAGAGGCUGUGUUAUCUUUGGCUCCAUAUGUGAGAUAUCAGUUCAGGGUCAUAGCUGUGAAUGAAGUGGGGAGAAGUCACGCCAGCCUUCCAUCGGACCAUCAUGAAACUCCACCAGCAGCUCCGGACAAGAAUCCACAGAACAUCAGGGUUCAAGCAUCCCAACCCAAGGAGAUGAUUAUAAAAUGGGAGCCUUUGAAAUCCAUGGAGCAGAAUGGGCCAGGACUGGAGUAUAGAGUGAGCUGGAAGCCCCAGGGAGCACCUGAGGAAUGGGAAGAAGAAACAGUUACAAACCACACACUGCGGGUGAUGACACCUACUGUCUAUGCUCCUUAUGAUGUCCAAGUCCAAGCCAUCAAUCAACUCGGCUCUGGGCCUGAGCCUCAGCCAGUGACACUCUAUUCAGGGGAAGACUAUCCUAGUACAGCUCCUGUGAUCCAUAGUGUAGAUGUUAUGAACAGCACAUUAGUUAAAGUUACCUGGUCAUCAAUUCCAAAAGAAACAGUACAUGGGCUUCUGAAAGGAUACCAGAUAAAUUGGUGGAAAACCAAAAGUCUGUUGGAUGGAAGGACACAUCCCAAAGAAGUGAACAUCUUAAGAUUUUCAGGACAGCGAAAUUCGGGAAUGGUUCCUUCCCUAGAUGCCUUUAGUGAAUACCACUUAACAGUCUUAGCCUAUAAUUCCAAAGGAGCUGGUCCAGAAAGUGAGCCUUAUAUAUUUCGGACACCAGAAGGAGUACCUGAACAGCCAAGUUUUCUCAAGGUCAUCAAAGUUGAUAAAGACACUGCCACUUUAUCCUGGGGACUUCCUAAGAAACUAAAUGGAAAUUUAACUGGUUAUCUUUUACAAUACCAGAUAAUAAACGACACCUAUGAGAUUGGAGAAUUAAAUGAAGUCAACGUUACUACUCCAUCUAAAUCUAGCUGGCAUCUCUCAAACCUCAACGCGACAACCAAAUACAAGUUCUACUUGAAGGCAUGCACCUCGAAAGGCUGUGGAAAGCCAAUAAGUGAGGAAAGUGUCACACUGGGAGAAGGGAAAUAUGCUGGCUUAUACGAUGACAUCUCCACUCAAGGAUGGUUUAUUGGACUGAUGUGUGCAAUCGCUCUGCUCACACUGAUAUUGUUAACUAUUUGCUUCGUGAAGAGGAACAAAGGUGGAAAGUAUUCAGUAAAAGAAAAGGAAGAUUUACACCCAGAUCCAGAAGUUCAAUCAGCAAAAGAUGAAACUUUUGGUGAAUACAGUGACAGUGAUGAAAAGCCUCUCAAAGGAAGCCUUCGAUCCUUGAAUAGGAACAUGCAGCCCACAGAGAGUGCUGACAGCUUAGUGGAAUAUGGAGAGGGAGACCACUCCAUAUUCAACGAAGACGGAUCUUUUAUUGGCGCCUACACUGGCGCUAAGGAGAAGGGGUCUGUUGAAAGCAAUGGAAGUUCGACGGCCACGUUCCCACUCCGAGCAUAAGCACAGCACAUUCAUGCACCAUGGCUGGCUAGCCUAGACGUCCCCUGUCUCUUCUGGGGAGCAAAGCCUUUUACAAAGGAGUAGAAACACGUGUCCAGAGGUUGACAUUCUGACAUUCUGCAAUUUUGCUGAGAAAAAUAGCACUGCCUUCAAAAAGAAAAAAAAAAAUCAAAAUCAGAUGUCAAACACUUCAAGCCUGUGUUUCAUUUUUGGUUUUGUUUUCGGGUGCUCAAAAUGCAAAACACAAAACAAAUCCUGUACUUAGAUCCACUUUGACUGAAUCCAAAGUUCCUGUUUCACGUACUCCACAUCUGCCUGGUUCUCCUGUUGAAUGUGUGUGCAUUAACGUUGCUAACUGUGUGGGUUUCUCUCUGGAUGCACAAUUGUACUUAGUUUGUAAGAACUAUUUUAGUGACUUUGAUUCACUACAGGUUAAAAGAUUGUAAGCAAGCAAGCUGGUUAUUUAAAAUGUAAAAAGGAAUAUGAAUGUCUUAUUAAACACUUCAUGGAAUCUAUACAGUCUAAAGUUAUUAUUUAAAACUUUAGUAGUAAAAGUUGUAGAUGAUCUUGCAACACGUAUUUAUUGAGCUCCUAUUUGCCCAGAGGCUGCCAUCUUUAUGCAGAGUUACAAUGUUUUCAGUUUUUGGAUGAUUGUCUUUAAUUUCUGUCAGUAUGGUAACUCUGCAUCUUUCUUUCUUUCUUCC